UAAAAGGUCUGAUAUACACCACUGAUAUAGGCCAAGGCUCACAUUCUAGCAGAAGCCCCCAAAGACCCUCUGCCUUGUUUCAUGGCACGCUGUGAAGGGCAUGUGAGCAGCAAAAUCCACACAUGCAAGGCAGGGCUGCCUUGAAGGGCAUCAGUCCUAUUAAGAGCCCCUUAGGAAUUAAUCCCAUCGAUUCUGACAUCAUCACUAGCAGACCAUGCUUGCACUUCAGCCGAUUGGCAAACCUGGUUAUUCACAGCAAAAAUGGAGGGGCUUCAGAACAACAUCUCCCAGUUUGUAAGCAUCUGGUCCACAUAGCCCUUGCUGCCACCACCUCCCAGUUCAGUGGAAACUUUCAGAGCAGCUUUCCACCUGCCAAGCUAAACGUUUGCAACAUGGUGUAACGGGUGACUAAACACACAUUCCUAACUUAGAGAUUCAGACAGUCAUCCAACAUUCUUCCCACAGGAUUCAACAGACUGGCCAGGCACAAAUCUCAAGCAGAAUGAGCGCACUUCAGCAAGUGCUUCGAGGUAAGAUCCUGAUCCUGACAGUCUGCGCGGCUGGGAUUGGCGGCACUUUCCAGUAUGGCUACAAUCUCACGAUCAUCAACGCCCCCACUGCAUUCAUCCAGUCCUUCAUUAAUGAAACCUGGCUGUAUCGCACUGGAGCUGCCUUGGAGGGAAAGAUGAUCACACUGGUCUGGUCCUUCAUUGUUGCUGUGUAUCCUUUGGGGGGCCUGGUUGGAGCAUUAAUUGCUGCUCCCAUGGCUGUGAAGAUGGGCAGGAAGAAAUCUUUGCUGCUGAACAAUGCAUUUGUGGCCCUUGCUUCGCUGCUGGUGGGGUUCAGCCGGGUGGCGAAAUCCUUUGAAAUGAUCUUGCUGAGCAGAUUUUUUGCUGGUAUCAAUUCUGGAGUGGCCAUGAGCAUCCAGCCCAUGUACUUGGGGGAAAGUGCACCCAAAGAGCUCCGAGGAGCUGUGGCCAUGACUUCGGCAUCCUUUGCAGCCCUUGGCUUGGUGAUUGGCCAGGUAGCUGGACUCAGGGAAAUCUUGGGAGCAGAAGAGAGCUGGCCUGUCCUUCUAGCCAGCAAUGCAGUGCCUGGGCUGGUCCAGUUGGUGCUUCUGCCCUGGGCUCCAGAAAGCCCCCGCUACCUCUUGAUCGACCGAGGAGAUCAAGAUUCAUGCAUCUCUGCCUUGCGGCAACUGAGGGGCAGCAGCGACCUGAGCAUUGAGAUGAAAGAAAUCCUGGCGGAGCAGGCAGCCCUACAGGGACAGGCAACCAAGGCACCCUGGGAGCUGUGGAGCAACCGGGCAGUGCGGUGGCAGCUUAUCACUGUGGUAGUGCUCAGCAGUGCCAUGCAGCUCUGUGGCAAUGAUUCCAUGUACUUCUAUGCUUCAUAUGUUUUCCAAGAGGCAGGGAUUCCAUAUGACAAGAUCCAGUACAGCGUUAUUGGCACUGGGAGUUGUGAACUUAUCAUGUCCAUGACUUGUAACCUCCUCAUCGAGUGCAUCGGGCGACGGAUGCUGCUCAUAGGGGGAUACAGCCUCAUGGCCACCUGGGCCAUCCUGUUCAUGGUAGUGUUAUCUCUACAGGAACAAUUCAGCUGGAUGCCUUAUCUCAGCAUGGCCUGCAUCUUUGCCUACAUCCUGAGCUUUGGCAUUGGACCGGCUGGUGUGACAGGAAUUAUACCCACGGAGAUUUUUGAUCAGGUCACCCGCCCGGCUGCUUACACAAUCAGCGGUUCUCUACUCUGGAUCAACUUAUUUGUGGUCGGCCUAGCAUUUCCUUUUGUGGUGGAAAGUCUUGGCUAUUACUGCUACCUACCAUUCUUCAUCGUCUGUGUUGGAACCACUCUCUAUGUAUGGUUUUUCCUCCCGGAGACAAAAGGAAAGAGCUUCCUAGAAAUCUCAGAAGAGUUUGUUAAGCGUAACGUUGGAGGUCAGCCCUGUGACAAUGCUUGGGUGUGUCCAGAAGAAAUUAUAUCCACUAUGUUGUAGCUUCAAAAGAGAGAGAGAACAGCUCACAAAGAAGACAUAAUAAUGGCAUUCUUUUUUUGUGAGGAUAACAUGGGAUUCUUCUUCAUGGUGUAAAAAUCCUCAUUUCCUCUUCCCUUUAUUAAACCUAGGUAUGAAAAGUGUCCUCCUGGGGAUGGAGGAAGUGCUAUCUGCCAAUCCAGGCUCAGAAGGGAAGUACCCUGAGCUAAAUGUACCCUUCCAAUACCAGUCUUGUUCCUUCUAUGGAAAAGAGAGCUUUCUUCUGUAUGCCAAAGCUUGUCAAAGAGAGGUGCAACCUGAAAUAAGGAGAAAUUUUCUGAUAGUGAUAGAAAUCAAUCAAUGGAACAGCUUACCUCCUGGGGUUGUGGGUGCUCUAUCACUGGAGACUUUUAAGAAUAGACUGGACAAUCAUUUGACUGGGAUAGUAUAAGGCUCCUACCUUGAGCAGGAAGUUGGACAAGAAGACCUCCGAGGUCCGUUCCAGCCCUAUGAUUCUAUGAUUUAUUGGAGGUCAACUUAAGGACAGGGCUGGUGGAUUUCCCCAGCUCCAUUGUCUCUCCAAAGAUAUCCUGCUGAAAUUCUCCCUCAAACCAGGACAGACAAAUUCAGAUGGAUGCUUCAAUGGCAUUUCAGUAGCUGUCAUGUUGCCCAAUAGGCAAAUAGAGGAAGGGAGGACAAGGAAUGAACAAGGAAUGAACAAGGAAUUCACCAUCGCCAACCCCACCUAUCAGCUGCUGAAAGAGAACUAAGGCUCUGUUUGAAAGGAGACCAUUUGAGAGAGAGGUUGAGGCUGGGUGAAGUGGAGGGAUCAAGGAAUUACUUGAAGGCUUCUGAUUCAGUGCUGGCCAUGAGUGGCAGAGGAGCCAGCAGCAAUUCUACAAGGCUGGAUGAUAGUGGUGGGCAGAAUAUAAGAAAGAGCAUUCCCCACUGCAUUCAAAUGUCAAAGAGAACCUAUGAGCUUUUAGGUGCCACCAACUUCCACAGGGAGGAAAUACCUGUUAAGUUGGAUCUUAUGUCCACCGUGGAUCUUAUGCACUUGGUUUUCUAAUGGUUUUCUAAUGAAUCUAGUUUCACCAAACAGUAGAUGGUUUGUGAUCUGUAAGGGGAGAAAUUGUGAUUAGUAGUCAGAUUUGGAAUACAGCCAGUUUGUUGUAGUGGUUGUAGGCUAGAAACUAGGAGACCAUGAAUUCUAGUCCUGCCUUAGGUUCUAAGCCAGUUGGAUGACUUUGGACCACUCUCUCUCAGCUCUAGAAUGAAGGCAAGGGCAAACCAUUUCCAAAAUCUUGUCAAGAAAACUAGUGUCAAAGUUCUGACUGAUGAUCCCAACGAAGUAAGCAUAGCUGAAACAUUCCAAUCUCUAAAUAUAAAACUUUAUUGAGCACACCAUAUCAGCACUGAUGAAUAGAAAACCAGCUCUGGCUAAAUUGACACCAGAACAGUAAAUUAAAAGUAUAGAAACUCCCCUUUCCCCUGACAGUGCAAGUCACAUUCCCCAAUUAAACACCAGACAAUUGUUAUGAGAGAAAUCUUUCGUUACUUCGUAAAUAAUCUGAAUAACCUUGAUUCUCAGACUUCACAGCUCACACCUGCAAAUACACAUUCCAUUCAUCCCCCCUUCCCCAUGGAUUUGUAGGCAAGCCAAGAAAUAGAAAUGGCUGAAGCAUCAUGGGAUCUGUUUGGAAUUUGACACUACAGUAAUCGGUCCAGGCAGUCAACAGAAAUCAAUCCUGAUAGAUGUGUGUAGACCAUGGGUCGGCAACCUUAAAUACUCAAAAAGCCAUUUGGACAUGUUUUCCACAGAAAAGAAAACACUGGGAGCUACAAAGCCCUGCUGCUUCCCCUCCCACAUGAAGUGCCCCACUGCCACUGCUGCUUUCCCCCCCCCCAGUAUAGAGCACUCCAUCGCUGCUUCAACCAGUGGUGAAGGUGGAGUUUGGGAGGCAGCAGCAAGGCAUAGCCCAGGUGUGGCCCAGAAGCAUCAGCAAAGCUCAUCCUCCCAACUCAAGCAGCCACCAGUGGUUUGGGUGCCUCUGUUCUGUCCGAGUUGAAAAAAGCGGAGGCGCAGCAGCAGGAUUGUUCUCAAUAAGCUGGGCGCACACGAGGAAGCAGCACACCCAGCUAUUAUUUUUUGAAAGCAAUCCUGCACCUCUGCUUUCUUCAACUUGGAUGGAGCAGAGCCACGCAAACUGCUGGUGGCCAAUUGAGUGGGGAGGAUGAGGAGGAGGAGAGUGUGAGGCUGGCUGGCCAGGUGAAGAGUAGGUAGGAAGAUAGUGGCUGGCUGGGGUGGGGUGGGGAUCAGCCAAGCCUCAUGGCAGUGGCAUUGGCAGCUCCCCCCAUCAGGCCCAUUUCCCCGGCUUGGCAGA